GUCGAGUUGAAGGUCAUAUAUGUACGUACAUCGAUGUCUGGACAACUUCGAUUCGACGGAUGGUAUGCCUGUUCGGAAUCGACCUUUGAUGCGUCCGUGAAUCUUGUGGCCGAGUGCGGCAAGUACACACUGCCCCUGUGCCACCCUGGCGUUUGCAGCGACGACACCCGGCGCACCCUCGACGUGUUUGUUAAGCGCAUCCGCGCCGUCAACUCGACCAAUCCGAAAAUUCUGUGGAUGCUCCAAGGCGGCCCCGGCUACGCGUCAGCCGAUCUGGACUCGUGGCUCGCAGACAUGUAUACGCUUCAACGCGGCCAAGUGACAGUCAUGACGAUGGACCACCGAGGCGUCGGCCGGAGCUCGUACCUCUCGUGCCCUGCCGCCCAAGCCACCACGUCGGGCAGUCCAGGAGGUCGAGCGAUUACCCCAGACGAACUGCCGGCAUGUUUGGCCAAUGUGCAACACAUCUACGGUGCAGCCAACGCGGCAGGCUUUUCCAUCACCAGCGCCGCCACGGACCUCUUGACUAUCAUCUCAGCGACGUCGUCUCCCACCCAAGAGGUGUACAUGUACGGCGUGAGCUAUGGCACGAUUUGGGUGCAGCGAGCGAUGUUGGUCCUGCCGCACCUAUUUCCGUCCUUGCACAACAUACGCGGGUUCGUUCUUGACGGCGUCGUGACCCACAGCGGACCGCACCGCACGGUGUUUUCCGACUGGGAUGUCAAUCACGGCAUCGUGGCGACCAAGUACUUUGACUUGUGCCGGCAAAACGCGUUUUGUGCUUCCAAAUUCCCCGAUAGGACUCUGUACGAUACAACGUUGCUGCUAUACGUCAAGCUCAACGCCGCCAGCCACGCGUGCAACGCGUUGGUUAAAACCAACUUUGGGGACGCAGAUGGCCUCAAGAUGCUCUUUAGCGAGUACUUGCAACACUCGACGUUGCGUGUGCUCAUCCCUGUGCUCGUGUACCGCCUCCAACGGUGCCAGACCGCUGACAUUGUCGUGCUUCAAACCAUGCUCAACUCGGUCCAAGAUCUGAUGGAUGCGCCGCACAUGGGCACGUCGUUCUACUCGGAGCUAGUGCGAAACGUGAUAGGGUAUUCCGAUCUGUGGGAACUCCCUACACCCACGCAAGCAGUUUUGCAAGCGAAAUUCGACCAGAACGUCGUCGCAAGUGGCAUGGUCAGCUCAUUGACAGAGUAUUGCAUAUAUACUGGCGCCACCGAUCCCGCUUGCGUUGCCACUGACAGCACAUACCAGUACAAUCACUCGAUUUCGUUCACGUACCCACCCGAUGCGUACUUUAAUCAAACGGUCGUGGUGCCCCCCCAAGCGUCUGUCCUUCUCUUCAACGGUGGUCUGGACCCUCAAACUCCGCUCGGUGGCGCUCAAGACACUCGAAACCUGCUGCAAACAGCCCGGAAACUGCUGGUGGAAUUCCCGUAUUGCCCCCACGGCAUCUUGGGUGUGUCCCUCACGACAAAUGCUUCGGCACCGCCGUGUGGACAGACCAUCUUGGCCUCGUACGUUGCCGAGAGUGGCAACCUUGGCGCCGUUGACACGACCUGUGUCCAAACCCUUCGACCGAUGUCAUUUCAAUUGUCCACUGCCUUUGCGGAUACACUUGUGCCUGGAAUAUCUUUGGGAGAUUUGUACGAUGGGACGUUACCUCCGUCGGCCACCGCUCCGCCAUCGGCUCUCACGACGAUCCGUCCCAUGACUACCUCAUCACCCAACAUCACUACCGCUGCUAACACAGUGGACACGACGCCGCCGUAUUUUGUCGAGUUUGCAAUCGUCUCUGCGUUGGCUGUCGUGGCUUCGUUUGCCGUGGGGUUGCUUGUAUGGGAAGUCCGACUUCGGGUCAACCGGCGGCGGUUGCAGCAGCACCAAUGACCUGCCGAGCUAGAGCCAUAACGAUACCUAGGGCCUUCGACGAGGGAUUCAAGUUAACGUUCUUACAAUAAAUACUAACGUUACCUCGAA